UUAAAUUUGAUUAUGAACAUGGAAGGGAAAGAUCAAAACUUUGCAGUACCAGUAAAGAAGAGAGCUCUUGGAGAUGGGAGCCUUUCCACUAAGAGUAGCAUCACUCAAUGAAGCGAAUCUUUCAGUAAACUUAGUAAACUAGAAAGAAUAAAGAAAUUUAAGAGUGCUGGGAAUCGGCUGGACAAAGAGGAGAGGAUCCUCAAAUUUCUCAAAGCGAUGAACAUCGAACAAGUCCAUCCAAGUGAGAUUAACUUUAUGAGAGAAAUCACUUGAAGGGAUAAAUCCGGACUGACCCCAACUCUUUCAUUAGGAAACAAUACUUUACUAAAGAAAAGAUCUAAGAAGCUCAGGCUUACAUGAGACUUCUCUGAUUGCAUCAAUUCAGUUUAAAUGAUCCAUUAUAUUAAUUACAUUAAGAAACAUUGUCA